AUGAAGACGAUUUCGUUCAAUCUCCGCUUAUUUGUUUGUUCCAGAUUGGCUACGCCCUUCUGGCUAUCGAAGGACUCACCCAAGCCUAUAAUUGUGACGGAAACAUUCUCCCAAGACAUCAAGAAUUGCUCCUUCGGGACCUUGAAUGAAAAACGCCAACGCUUAUCUGUAGGCCUAAAAAAGCUGAAGUACAACUGCAACCUCGCAGGAGAAGCUUAUACCGCAGAAUGGUUUGCGAAUAUAAAGCAUAACACCUUCAGAAUCGGAGGCAAAUUCAAAAAUUGGCUUGAAUCCUUGCCCUCCUUGAUAAACAGGGUUGAAUACCCAAAGAUAACCAACCCCUUUGCUAAGGAAGUCGGAUGCGGCGUUUUCUUGACAACAAUGAAUCCCUCCGGCGAACACCACAUAGAACUGCGCUGCACAUUUGAUACGUCUGGGUUCCUGCCUCCGCGCUAG